GGCACCCAUUCCAUUCAUAGCGCCUCCCCUCCCCCCAUCCCGUCCGUUUCGUGGCCUGACUCUCCCUCUCCUCUUUCCUCUGCCUUGCCUCCUAACCUUUUUUGCGUCAACUCACCAUCGUCAAAAUCACUCUUCUACAACCAUUGGGGCUCACGACUGUCGUCAAUCCUGUUCGUUGCUCCGAAUCAGAAGGAAUUCGCUCCCGAUCCCGCCUGAGCCAGGUUCGCCACCCACCCAUCCACCCGCUGGUUGAGUCGCGAUCACGCUCGCCCAUCAUGUCGGCCCCGGCCCAGAACAACGUCGAUCUCGACGCUCUGCUCGACCUCUCCGAGUAUGACAACAACUACAACUCUCCUUCGCUCUCGCCCUCCAACACCUCCAAGCCCACCUUUGCCAGCCCAGUCACCGCCUCCGUGGCCACGCCCAGCGUCCCGACCACGACACAGACGCUGAGCGGGCCGAGUCACAACUAUGACAUGUACCGUCAGCAGACGGGCUUCGUGCCCGGCGCCAUCGCCAACACCAUGGCGGUCAACCAGUCCAACAACACGGGCUAUCAGGAUUUCGGCAGCCUCGAAUACCUGACGAGCUUCACCCCGGAGAAUGACGUCUUCGACUUCAACACCUCUCCCCCUCAGGGCACCAUGGACAUGGACUUCGAGUCCCCCGCCGACUCGCAACAGUACUUCAACACGGUGAACCCCAGCAGCAUCGAGCAGGAGUCGGGCAGCAUGGCCUCUCCCUCCAUGUCGUCCUCAACGGGUAGCGUUGGCCGUCUCUGGCCUGGCGCCCAUUCCCAAGCCGCUCUCGCCAAGGCGCAGGCCCAGCAGCGACAGCAGCAGCACAUCAUCCAGCAGCAGCAGGCUCAGCGCCAGGGUGCCCAGCAAAAGUCGCGUGGCAAGGCUCCCCAGCCCACGGACCCCAUCGUCGAGCAGAAGAUCACUCAGCUCCUCAACUCGAUGCGGGCCAAGCCGUCAUCGCCCGAUUCUCAGAACCAGUCUUCGCACACCAACUUGCCGCGCGCCAAGAAGGAUGAGGAGGAGAUGGACGAGGAUGAGCGCCUGCUUGCCAGUGAGGAGGGCAAGAAGCUCAGCAGCAAGGAGCGCAGACAGCUUCGCAACAAGGUUUCGGCCCGCGCCUUCCGCUCGCGGAGAAAGGAGUACAUCACUCAGCUCGAGGCUGAGAUUGCCAACAAGGUCAAUGAGAACGGCGACCUUCGUGCUCAGAACCGCGCCCUUGCGGACGAGAACAGGCGCCUGUCUGACCUCACCCGCAUGCUCCUCUCCUCUCCUUCCUUCUCCACUUUCCUUGACCACCUCAGCACCAACCCGUCUGCCAUGCCUCAGGCUGCCCAAGUCAAGGUUGAGCAGCAACAGCAGGAGCAGGCGCAGAUCCCCAAGGACGUCAAUCCCUACGGCUCUCAGUCGCAACAGCAGCAGAUUGGCAUGGCCAUGAUCCCUGAGCAAACCAUGGACUUUUCUAUGCUGAGCAUCGACAACACGUCGUACAACUUCCAGCCCCAGGUCUUUGUCGUCGACACGCCUGAGAUGCCCGCUGCCAUCGACACAUCUAUCCUCUCCGGCAAGUCCUCCAACUUUGUUGAGGAGUCUUUCCAGAGCGACGAUGAGAAGGUUGAGGUUCCCGUCAUCGAGCGCCUGUCUGAGGUGCGCGAGGCUGCCGAGCCCGCCAAGGCGACGACCGUCGACGAGGACUUCGAGGCCGACCCCGAGUUUGCUCUGUUUCACUCGGAGCCCGUGUCCGUGUCAGAAGCGCCAAAGACUGUCGACACCGACCUGCUCACCAGCGUGGACAUUUUCGGCGGUAUCGAGGUCGAGAAGGUCCUUUCCCGCUACGAACUCGUUGAUGCUACGGAGGAGGAUACGUCGGCGUCGUUUGCCAUGGCCCGAGUACAACGCAUCAGUGCCAGCCUCGAGUCUGUCGUGUCGAGGUUAGAGCUCCUCACGAUGGACCUGUAGGUGGGCUAAUGCUACUCGACGCGGAAACACUUGGAUUGGGACAUUUCUCUGCAUGCAUCAGGCGACUUUAUUUUGUUUCGGCGGGUACUUAGGCGUUUGGGAAAGACCACAUGUGGUCGGUUAAAUAUGGAUUGGUCGGGAUCCAGGAGUACAUCGCCGGAACGAGGCGGGAUUGAGCACGAUACUCGGCGAUUGUAUAGAUAGAGCUAGGCUUGCCGCCACUCGAUGAAUAUCAGAAUAUCAAAGCAGCC